CCAUCAGAGUUGAGAGGUCUUGCCGAAUUGUACGUACGAGAACUAAAAUGUUAUCUAGAUAUCAGACAACAUUGAAGCAAAACUUUAUCAGCAAAGAAUCAGCAGGGAUAUAUUUUUAGCCAUAGAAAAUGUAUAAACUAUUGGAAAAACAAUUUUGAGAAUGGAUGUCGAGAGGAUUGUCGUUGUUACCGGCGUUGGUUUUGCACUCGUUGUAGGUGCUUUUGUUCUAUGGGGACCAAGCCCUGAACCCAGGAGAAAAGGUCAAGUUAUCGGAGUAACAAAUUUGGAGUAUACGUGCUUUUUAAAUUCUCUAUUACAAGCAUUAGCAGCUUGUCCAACAUUCACAGUAUGGCUUCAGAAACAUAGCGAGAAAGGAAAAAAAUGCUUUUUCACGACUAGUCUUAUAUCAGUAUUAGAUCAGAUUAAUGGUUAUUCAGAAGAUAUGUUCGGAGACGUCUCCCCAGUAGAAGUUAUAAUGUCUCUCGGUCCACUGUGGACUUUUGCUUCAGGGCAUCAAGAUGCACAUGAACUGUUCCACGUGGUUCUUAGUGCGCUUCAGACCGAAUCUCAACCAACAAACAGAAAAGGAUGUCUAUCUGAUGCUUUGCCAAACAUUACACCAGUGAGAACUGAUAUGAAGGGCUCGGGAGAUCCUUUAGGAUUAAGAAGCGUGUCUUGCAACGAUAUUACAACCGCUCUAAAAGAUGUUCGGACGACCAAUGGAAUGGAUAAAAAUUGCAUUGGUUAUAUAGCAGCGUCGACCAAAACAAUCGGUAAUGUUUCUAACGUUCCUCUGCCUGUCAAACCUGGAAUGAUCCUCGCCAGAUCUUCAGAAAUAAUAUCAGGUUUUAGUGGCAACAAAAUUCUAGAAAAUGGAUCAUUCAGACCCUGGAACUCGCUUUGCGCCAUUUCGCUUCCUACCAUUUCAGAGUAUUCAAUGGAAUUGCACCCUUUUUCUGGAUUACUAACUAGUCAGUUGCAGUGUACAGAAUGCAAAUGGAAGUCUGCUGUGCGCUACGAUAAAUUUGAUAGCGUUUCUUUGCCACUGCCACCUGCAGGAGGCGAUUUAACAUGGCGAAGGCACACACUUUACGAGUUGCUGGCUCGCCUUGUCUCCAGCGAAGUUAUACAAGACGUGCAAUGUGACGGUUGUGGAUCUCGGUGUACGGCUUUCAAAACACUGACCCUAGGAAAAUUACCAAAGAGCUUAUGUUUACACAUACCAAGAACAACUUGGAGUCAUUCAGGCAUGCCAGUCAAGAGGGAUGAUCCCGUAUUGUUUCCUGAAACCCUUUUUUUGGACUCUUUUACCUUCACAGAAACCAAAAAGCGUAGUAUUCAGGGAGAGUUGCAGACAAUGGCUUAUUUAAACUGUCAUACACCGAGUCAUGGAAGGCUGCGAUAUCGACUCCGAGCGGUAGUGGAACAUCGUGGUCAAGUAGAUGCCGGUCAUUUCGUCUGCUACAGACGCGGAAAUCGACUAGGCCAAUGGUUAUACACUUCAGAUUCAAUCGUAGAAAAAGUUACUAUAACCGACGUACUCUCCGCUAGUCCUUACCUUAUUUUUUAUGAAAGAAUGGACGAUUUUCCGGAGUAGCCUGCGGAAGCGGUAUUUGAUUGGUAAAACCAAACAUUUGUUGGCUGCCGCGACUUCGACUCUCAAGAUUCGAUAAAAAUUCCGAAUGAGCCACUCGAUAUCAAGUAGCCGAGCUAUUUUUAAUUGCUAGCUAAUCGUUUUCAGAUGAUUCAAUGCCGUUUAAAUAAGAAACUUACCGUGGUUUAGUCAUCUGAAAAUGAAACACUUACUGCAGUAUUAGUAACUUAAGGAUAAAAUAAAUCUAAAAAAUAACUCAUAGAUC